AUGUCUUAUGGGAAUGCAUUGCAGCCUGUUGUCGAUGAUGGUGCUUUAGUACUACAACGGUUUAUGUCGAGUCUCAUGGCGUCUUCUGCUCCAGACUCAAAAACUGGUCGGCCAGAGAAGGCAGCUUCGCAGAAUGGCGGAACUAAGGGUCGACACCGUCGGCCCAACUAUAAACAUAUACACCAGUUUCCUCUGCCAAUUACUGUUCAUCCGCUACCCCCUUUAAUACCACACAACCCUCUUUCUCUCCUCAGUAUUGCUCUCUCCUAUCUCACUUUCUAUAUAUCUCCGCCUCAUCCAAUAAGAUGUUCAGCUUACUUUGAUACUUCUACUUCUUCCAUUCACGUCACAGAUCCCAAAACCAUCCGUUUAUUAUGGGAAAUGGGUUUCUUCGGUAAAGGUAGCUUAAGUAGAAGUGAGCCUUCUUGGCUUGAACGAGAGAAAAAGAGAAGAGGGCUUAUUGGCCAAAGUACAAGUGAAGAAGCUACCGGGAUGAGGCGAGUAGAGAGACGGGAAUUUAAACUGGAAAGAGCAAGGAAAGAAAAAGAAGCUAUUACUGAGCAGCUCAGGGCUGAAGGCAAACUUGUUGACGGAGCCGCAACAGAAAAUGGACCCCAAGAUGCACCUCCACAGGAAGAGGAGUUGACCCAAGACAGUCUACCAUCUCAGGAACAAAAGCCUGGUUCGACUCUUUCACAAACGGAUGGCCUUGCCGACAAGAAAGCCGCAAGUCGCAUUAAAUCCGUUCGCUUCUCACCAACGGUGGAAGUAGCAGACAUAAUUGACAAUGUCGAGAUAGAAGAUGAAGAACACCUUCAGCUCUCCAGCGAGGAUGCUUUCUUCCUUUCAUAUGGCCUAGGAGUCCUUGAUGUAUAUGAUGAUACCGGGAAUACAGUACUUCAACCUCAAUCGCUCCUUACUUUGCUUCGCCAACACUCAUACUUCCCGCCUCUUGGCCCCUCUACGAUACCCCAACCGGAUGACCUAUUCAUGAUCUCAUAUGUUGCAUAUCACCACUUCCGCUCGCUUGGCUGGGUCGUUCGAUCCGGAGUUAAGUUUGGUGUUGAUUUGCUUCUUUAUAACAAAGGGCCGGUGUUUUCACAUGCCGAGUUCGCUGUCAAUCUCCUGCCCUCCUACAGCCAUCCAUACUGGAAAGAGACGGAGGAGAGACGAAAAUAUGUUGCUACAAAAUUGAACCGUACGUGGUGGUGGCUUCACUGCAUAAACAGAGUGCAGGCGCAGGUUAAAAAGAGCCUCAUAUUGUGUUUUGUGGAAAUACCACCCCCUUUGACGGAAAAUAAACCAGAUGAACAGGAUAUUGGGAAGCUCUUGAAGAGCUAUGAGGUUCGAGAACUGGCCGUCAAGCGAUGGGUGCCAAACCGAAGCCGUGAUUGA